GAAGCCGAUUGGUCUCUGCUUUUCCUAGCCUGUGGCAACUGACAGCACCUCCCAGCGUAGCAGGCCGGCUGCCUGCUCCCCCAGCCAGUCGGUGGGUCUGGGCACUGCAGCAGGCUCGGCUGUGUCCCAGCACUUGCCUGGGAGAAAAGUGUGUACUCACCCAGAGAGAAUCUCUUUCUAUCUUCCUUCCCGAUCUCUCUGUGCGUGUUUCUUUUUUUUUUUCUUUUUUUUUUCUUUUUUUUUUUUUUACUUAAUUAUAUUCCUAAUCCUGGAUGAAGUUGCUGGAUCCUGCAGCACAAGUCUUCAUGAACAAACAGCACCGCUCAGAGAUUUCACGGCAUUCAAAGGUCACAGAACUGCCACUAUGGUUAAAUGUCUUGUUUAAUGGUUGAGAGGUGUGGCGAUCUCUUCUUUGAAAGCCCCGAACAGGCUGUCAAAUGUGUUUGCAUGCUAGGAGAUGUACGACUAAGAGGUCAGACGGGGGUUCCUGCAGAACGCCGCGGCUCCUACCCAUUCAUUGACUUCCGCCUACUUAACAAUACAGCACACUCAGGGGAAAUUGGCACCAAGAAAAAGGUGAAAAGACUGUUAAGCUUUCAAAGAUACUUCCAUGCAUCGAGGCUGCUUCGUGGGGUUGUACCACAAGCCUCUCUCCACCUGCUGGAUGAAGACUACCUUGGACAAGCAAGGCAUAUGCUCUCCAAAGUGGGAACGUGGGAUUUUGACAUUUUCUUGUUUGAUCGCUUGACAAAUGGAAACAGUCUGGUAACACUACUCUGCCACCUCUUCAACACCCAUGGACUCAUUCACCAUUUCAAGUUAGAUAUGGUGACCUUACACAGGUUUUUAGUCAUGGUUCAAGAAGAUUACCACAGCCAAAACCCAUAUCACAAUGCUGUCCAUGCCGCCGACGUCACCCAGGCCAUGCACUGCUACCUGAAGGAGCCAAAGCUCGCCAGCUUCCUCACACCUCUGGACAUCAUGCUUGGACUGCUGGCCGCAGCAGCACACGAUGUUGACCACCCAGGAGUGAACCAGCCAUUUUUGAUCAAAACUAACCACCACCUCGCCAGCCUAUAUCAGAACAUGUCAGUGCUGGAGAAUCACCACUGGCGCUCUACAAUCGGCAUGCUUCGGGAAUCAAGGCUUCUUGCUCACUUGCCAAAGGAAAUGACACAGGAUAUUGAACAGCAGCUGGGCUCCUUGAUCUUGGCAACAGAUAUCAACAGGCAGAAUGAAUUUUUGACCCGACUGAAGACUCACCUCCAAAAUAAAGACUUACGACUGGAGGAUGGACGCCACAGGCAUUUUCUGCUUCAGAUUGCCUUGAAGUGUGCUGACAUUUGCAAUCCUUGCAGAAUCUGGGAGAUGAGCAAGCAGUGGAGUGAGAGGGUCUGUGAAGAGUUCUACAGGCAAGGUGACCUUGAACAGAAAUUUCAACUGGAAAUCAGUCCUCUUUGUAAUCAACAGAAAGAUUCAGUCCCUAGUAUACAGAUUGGUUUCAUGACCUACAUUGUGGAGCCACUCUUCAAGGAAUGGGCCCGUUUCACCGGAAACAGCACCCUGUCUGAGAACAUGCUAAGCCAUCUUGCACACAACAAAGCCCAGUGGAAGAAGCUGUUGCUCAAGCAACACCGAAGCAGUGGCGGCAGCGGCGGCAGAGGCAGCCCGGACCACACAGACCGCGGGACUGAGAAUGAGGAGCAGACUGUGACUGAAGGCACCGCCCCGUAGGGCCCCCCAGGCCUGUCCCCUGCUCUGUACACUGAGAGAGUGAGAAUCGCCUUGAGCAGAGGCCUCCUGAGAGGGCAGACGCUCUGAGGCUUUCUUGCUCACAAACCCAGCCACUCUCUGGGUUUCAUCCUGGGGCUCUUCAGAAUGCCAUCUUCCUCCUACUUACCUGCCCCCCUCCUUUCUCCAAGUGUACAGAAGCCAUUUGUCACCUCAGCAUUAGCUGCCGAAACAAGCGACUCCAUUCAGUAAUACGGAAGCUAAAUCCAGGGACAGGCCUUCCCCUUGAGAAGAAGACUGAGGAGAAAGAAAGAGGUGCUUCUGCCAUGUCCCCCAUGGGCCUUGGGUCACACUGUGACAGGCAGCAGUUCCUAAGUCCAGAGCAUUUUAGCAUUUGCCAUCUGGCUGCUGAUCUGCAUGACAAAAACACCAGCAUAUUUGGAACUCCAAGGAUAUUGGUCUUAAGUGCAAGAGCACAAAAGAGAACGUGAGAGAAAGGACCUUCUAUUUUAAUAAUAAUUAUUAUUAUAAAAUAAUAAUAAAUCUUUUUAACUUUUAUAUGUUAUGCACUAGACAAUGGAUCUAAAACUUUAGACUAUGAUUACUCGGUGUACCCAAACUUGAACAGGGGGUUCAUUGUUUUGUUACUGACUUUACACCACUUUGGGUCAAAGAUUUGGCAUCUUCUCAAUUUAAGAAAUCAUGUUUCCUAUCUGAUCCGAGGGGAAGGUGCUGUACAGUCAUUCCUUUGCACCAUUAACCAAUCUGUCUUUUAUCAAUAACUCUGUUUCAAUGACCUUUGUAUUCACACAUGUACACUUUCUGUAAAUACCAAGCGCUACUGAUUCCCAUGCCAAAAUACAUGAGUAUUAUGGGAUUGCUACCUGUAUAAACAAUGGCACUGUGAACAGAAUCCUGUUAGUUUUAAUACAAGAGAAUGCAUUUGUAAAUAUGGUAUAGAGUUUAUUAAUAUACUAUUGUUUGCAGAUAAAGGCCUUAACUUUAAACAUCUUUCAUCUUCUGAAAGCUGCCCAACGUAAGUCCUCAGAGAUGUCCUUCUGAACUGCUUUCCCAUGUCCAUCUCUUCGCUUUCCAGCUAAGGUCACCCACCAAAACUGAACCAAGUCUUUGAGGAAAUAUUUUGGAAACUUCACGUGCAUUCCGCUUGAGACCAUAGUGUUUCAUCUAUGGCACUGAGCAUCAUUUCCUCAGAGCAACGAGGCCCUUCGGCAAGCCUGAAGUCACUUUUCAAUGCAGCGAUGUUGCACAUUCUGUUUCAACAAGCCAGCUGACAAGCUUGUGUUUAUGUGACUCUUGUCAUGGACCAUGGCAGUGUGUCAACCAUAGCGGGUCUCACAAGCCUUCUGUGACCCUGUCAUCUAACUGUCAGGGCAUUCCCUGCUCCCCUUCCACACUUCCGUCUGUUACGACUACAGUACCAAAGCACUUUUGGUUUAUGGUUGGCGUGCAUUUCUUUGGUGUUAAUAGUAACUGGAUUUUUUUCUUUUUCUUUAACUUCAUGUGAACAACUAUCCACCUGUUUAGCUAAAUUUAACAUUAUUUAAGUAAAGAAAAUAUUUUAGUUUUCUGAUGGAACUUACCUUUCUGGCAGAUCAUUAUGCUUACUCUUGGCUGUAGCUAGCAGAAUCGCCUGGAAAUUUUGUUGCCAUUUUUUCCUGCAGACCCUUGGCCGUAAAAUCAGCUUGUUAUAGCAUUCUUCUCUGGUCAGCUUAAGUUUGUGCAUUGAACAUUUUCUUUAGAAGUUCUAGCAUAGCUAAUGUUAGAUGAAAAUUGGCAGUGUCCCUUUCUUUUAACCUUAAACAAUGGGGUAGUGGAAGGUGAUGAUGUGCUCAUUCCUGCCGCUAUCAACCUGUUUCACAGGCUGAUAGAUUGACAGCUAACUCACUUCCUAAGUGCAGCUUUCUUUUUUUCCUCCUAACAUACAAAUGAAAUGUUAGAAGCUUGACUGGAUGGUAAUAAGUUCCUGUAGAGAGACUGAGGCUUGCUGAGUUCAGGAUUAGGGGAAAUGUUGGAAUGUUGAUUAUAGGUUCAAAAACAUGGCGAGAUUGUCAGAUGGUACUAAAGAAAGUGUGAGAACUUCAUGAAAUGGAUGGAUAUGUUGAAAUUGUUGGUAGGAGUAAGAAGGGAAGUUGUGAAAACUUAACACUAACUUUUUUUUUCUCUGUAAUAACUAUGAACUGUCAGAUCACCCUUAAUUGCUUUAAUAUUCUGAAGCUCUCAGCUUGGUAGGGCCCCAAAAGAGAAUAUGUUGAAUGUAUUCCUGCUUCCAAACCUUACUCAUUUUGGUUUGGCGAUGCAGAAAGGGCUUUUGAGUAGUCUUAUUUUUAAUGUAUAUGAGAUCAAAUCAAGGAAAGCAAAUACUGGGGCAAUACAGUAGAGAUAAGAAAGAAAAUGCUAUUUUAGCUCUACCUUGAUUUUAGGAAAUGGACGUUGUUUAAAUUAUAUUUAUAUUAUAACUUAAAUAAAUAAUAUUGGGGGUGUUUUUAGUAGUUUCAAGUUUAUAGAGCAAAAAUGCUUAUGUUACAGCUAGGCCUUAAAGAAGAACUCACAGAGAAAACUACCAAAUAUCUUAUCCAAUGGUAAAGCCUAUGAAGCAGCUACUAGUACAAUAAAAAUAUGAAGCAAAAUGAGACAUGGUGCAUAAACUAGAUGUAUUUGUGGCCUCUGUUCAACCAUCUGGAUGUUUCUUCAGUUCCCUAUUUUUAGGCAAAAAAGAGAAGGGGGGAAGAGAGAGAGAAUGUGAAAAUAUUCUUUCCUUGCCUACUAGUGGCUCUCUUGCAAUAUUUCAAUAUAAAGACCAGUUACUAGUUGAGACACAGCUGGUAGAUCAUCCAUGAACUUUGUCUUCACAUUCUUCUUCCAUAGCUUGAGAAGAAAGGAAUAAAAGGGCUAUUUUUAGUAAGCCAGGUAAAGUUAAAAUCAAGUUGAGAGAAAGAGAAUAUAUAACACUGCCAGACGUGAUAGGCAAAGUGAGCUUUCCCUUUUAACAGCAUCCAUGAUAGUCGGAACCUACCCAUAACUCCCUGCGAGGCCAAGUAAAAGCCCACUCUGUUUCUACCUGCUUCAGAUUUCCCGCAAAGGGACUUUGGGUGUGUCCUGCUACACUGUCUCCAUAUAGCGCUUCCUACAAAAGACAGGCUUGUUUUGUAACCUUUUCUCAUGUAGAAUCAGAUCUGCUCAUUGAUUUGAAAAUUGGUUAUGAGCUUGUAUCUCACUGUGUGUUUCUUAUGCUUUGUUCUUUAAAGAAAACUCUUAAAAUUGUGUUGUUUUGUGUACACAUGUGAGAUUUGGAAAUAAAAACACCUUGUGAGUUUCUGCUCAAAAUGUGGCCUAAAUAUCCAUUGGCAUGUCUAGAUAAACAAUUAAAAUAAAGGCAAUUUCUUUAAAAUAUAACAGUGUGAAAAAUUCCUGAUUCUCACCACAUAGCAUGUUAUCAACUAUCCAACUGGAUUCAACAGGGAGAGGGAACUUUCCAGAAAA